AUGCUGAAUAAUGGCAUUGAAAGGAACAAAACCAAUCUAAGGAAGAACUUUAUCAAGCGAUUGGGACUUUCUUUAAUCGAAGAGCACCUCAGGAAAAGAAAGGAUAAUCCACAUAUACCACGAGAAAUAAGAAGACAUGUGUGUGAAAUGCUGAAUGAAGAAGCUCCAGCACCACCACAAAAGCAACCAAGAAGGUCUCAGCGAUGUUCUUUCUGUCCAAGAAACAAAGAUAGGAAGACUCUGAACGGAUGUUUCAAAUGUAAUGUCGCGAUAUGCAAGGAACAUGCGAAUUUGAUGUGUCAAAAUUGUACUGAUUUACAUGACGAAUGA